AUGAAAAAAAUUCAGAACAAAAAAAGAAAAGAGAACUUGAACCAAGAAGAGAAUCGAGAAACAAACGUAGAGGAAAGUCGAGAGGAUGGUGUGGCUAACGAUAUUAAAUCCAAAUGUGAAUCAGAAAUUUGUAAGAACAACGACAGAGAAAAAAUUGUGAGCCACAAGAGAUCACAGGGACAAAUGUUUUAUUUAGUCAAAUACAAGGAUAUGCCUGAAGACAAAAAUCAGUGGGAACCAGCUAAUAAUUUAAUUUGUAACGAUAUUAUUACUCAAUACUGGGAUCGUAUUGAAGAAUCCAUAAACGAGAAUUCGAAUAAUCAUCAAAAAACCUCGAAUAUCAACGAAUCGUCUGAGAAAGCUACGACAACGACGAGUACGACGAGUACGACGAGCACGACACUUAAACGUCCACGUGAAUUUGGAGAAUACGCUGAUGAAAAUAAUAGUAGAAAAAAAGAGAAGAAAAUCAGAAAGCAAAUUCCCUUUCAUGAGUUUGCGACUGAUGAAGGAAUUUGGGAGAACGUAGUUCAAGAGAUUGUGACUGUUGAUUAUGAGCUACCAUCUUCACACAAGGAGGGAGAACUGAUUGUUUAUGUCAAAUGGUAUUUGUUCAAGAAUUUCUAUGAUAACAAUCUAUAUCUCAUUGAUGAUUUAUUGUGUGAUAUCUUUUAG